AGUCCACGAAGACGACAAGUUGACCCAUGUUUCUUGACUGGAUAGCUCAGCUCAGACUGUUGCAGCAUGACCCUCAAACCAACAUUCUUGGCCCUUUACCAUUGGGCAUCAAAAGAACACUUAUUUCUGAAAUCACCUCUUUCAUUUAUCCCGCAUCCGGAAAGCAUAUACCCGAUCCUUCCAUCUUUGUUUCUCCAGCCCAUGUCAAAUGGGUUAUGGAAGUCAUUGGCCAGGGAUUCAAUCUUCCCUUGGAAGACAUGCACAUAACCAAUGACGACGUGAGCAUAUAUGCACAAUGGCUAUUCGAGCCCUCCAUGAGACCCGCGGCUGUUGUCAAUGAAGGACUCGAACAAGAGCUCUAUCAGAUCAUCUUUCACCAAUUCUCGCUCCUCUUUCAGCCCCGGAUCCCUCGAUCGCCUUCAGCCCAAAAUAAUCAUUACACCAACAAUUCAUCAUCUGUAGGCAGGCCUAACAGUUUCAACAUCAACAUGAUCCCCGCCAAUAUUCACACAAAUGUCACGUCUGCCAGCAUGCCAAUGCCAGCUACGAUUGCAAACACAACCAUCAACACAGCUCAGCCGACAGGAGCCAACGCCACCCCAAACGUUCUCAAGGACACAAUAAGCCAGCUCGUCCAAAGACAUGUCGAACUCUGUAAACGGACCCUGACAGUGUUUGCCACCGCAGGAAGAUCGCUCGAGCUCAGUCCAGAGACCUGGACGGUCUUACUCAAGGUGAUGCUUGGUAUUACAGACUCGUUACUAAGAGAACCAAUGGGCGACACAUCCAUUCCGGGUGUGGUUAAUAUGGGUGAUCAACUGUGUGACCAUCUGCUGAGAGUUCUAUGUGAAUUAUGGUUACGGUCGGAAACAAAGGAAGUUGAAAUGUGGGACAUUUUCAAGGAUUGCUUUAUGAGAUGGACCCAUCGUCCCAAGGUUAUUCAGCAAUGGAGUGCAACAAGUUUGGCCUUGUCAAGAUGUGUUUCUGGCCAUCUCUCUGAAAUUGAAGAGUGCUAUGUGGUCAUCAUGUCAGUCAGUGGCGUGCAAGUAAAAUUAGACCUUCCGAAGCCAUUUGUAUACUAUGCCUGGCAUAGAUUUAUCUACCUCAUUCCACAUCCACUCCAACUAGCUCCUCACAACUUCAAUUUAGCGAUGAUUGGAAUCGGUCAACUUGUCAGUGCUCUCAACCAGAAACAUAGUCGUGUGUCAAAUACCAAAGAGAUAAACAUGCCACCCGAUGGAAACACUCUCUUACACAUGUUUGGCACCUGGCUGUUUGACGUUUGCUCAAAGACAUCUCAAAACGAUCCAGAGUCACACAGGGGAUUUGCGGAAGCAUUUGCGACAUUGUGCAAAAUAUUUUGCCGCCCACAGCCGCGCCAACCAUUUUUACGCACCUACACCGAAAGAUUCUAUGCUGCCCUUUGCCUUGGCCUCAAAGUAGAUGCCUGCAUUCCUACAAUCCUGAUGAAUUGCACUGAGCUAUUUGCAAUUGAUCUCGAGGGAGUCCGUAUGUUGGUGCCUGAUUUUAUUUCGGCCAUCAAGAUGGUUCUUCCCAAACUUAAUAUCCAAUGCAAGUGCUUUGUGUCUGUGGAUGAUCUCCGUUUGGCUGCCAUCAAGGUGAUCAGUACCGUGAUGUGUUUGCCAAACCACUUUGAAAAAGUAGAGCUCAAGCCAGGGUGGGAUUCCGAUCUUCAUUGUGCGUCUGACAAUGCUUCUUUAAUCGGAGAACAAGAGCAGCUGGUUACUCAAUUGAUACGUGUAUUGUAUGCCGACAAGGGUGAUGUUGAUGUAGAAAGACCAUUUACUUGUCUCAAGUUCUAUAUUCUUGAAUUGCUUCUCAUGUCUCUACGAACAGAGACCUCUUCUUACAAUAUGCGUUAUAUUCUUCACCUUAUCAACGUUUAUGUUGUUGAAGAUGUUCCAUUCUGCCCUGGUCUUGUUGGUACAGUUGUCAAGUUGAUUCAAGACAAGAUAUUGACCAUGAAACUCCCACCCGAUGUCACCCUAGUGGCUUUUGAUGUCCUGAUGGACUUUGUUGAUUUGUAUGACUAUGUAAAAAGAGACAGUAAGGUCAGACAAAACGAAGCGAUUACGGCGGGGAUGACAAGGACGUUGAAUACCAUUUUGUCCCCAAAAAAGAAUGUAGCACGAGAACUUGUUUUAGCAUUGAGUCGAUAUGUAGACACGCUGAUAAAUGCUGGCAAGUUGUUGCAUACCUAUCCUCUUAUUGUCCAAGCAUAUGAUUGCAUGAUGAAAUGGGUUCUUGUCAGCCAAUGGAUUAUUGAUGAUCGUGACUGUUACCAAGCUGUCAUUGCUACCCUUAGUCGAGGUAUCACCUUAUUUGACCGUGAUACAGAUUCAGUUCAUGUUGAAGUCAGUUCAGAAAAGAAAAAGCGUCGAGACACGACAUUUCCUCCUGCCAAGCAACUCUUCUUACUCCCACCGCGGGUUAACAAGAACAACAAUAACAACAACAGCAACAAUAGCAAUAGCAAUAGUAGUAACAACAACAACAAUAGCCACAGCCAUAGUAAUAGUAAUAGCAAUAGUAAUAACAAUAGUAACAGCAAUAAUAACAGUAAUAGUAAUAACAGCAACAAUGGUAACAAUAGCAACACCAAUUCGAAUACCAGCGCCAAUGCCAACACCAACAAUAACAAUAGCAAUUCUGCAAAUACAACAGAUCAGCAAUCUGCUCCUUCGUUACCCCCGAGCCGGUCCGGUUCAGUUAACCACAAGAAAGAAGAGAUAGCAGUCCGCAUGGCAGCGGAAUACUGCAUGUCUCAAUUUGUCAAUCAGCUCGGCAAGUUCCAAUCGUUGCACGACCACUCGCUUGUCCGUUUCCGAUCAACUCAACGAGACGAUCUGUGCUACCUUCGAGAAUACCGCGCCGCUAAGCAGGACACGGAUGUGCGUACCGCGAUCAAUCCGUACGACACAGUUCGCUAUUUUUUGGUCGACAAACGGAUGAUACUGGCUGUCAUUGACUUAACAAAUGCUCCCCACAAAAGCACAGAAGAGCCCAAAGGGAAACCCUCAGUGCUGCUCAUCAUUAGAGAUACCACAGGAAGCUACAUGUGGGAGAUGGACGCGGUUUAUAAAGACCCCGAUGCAUCGACACCCUUUAAGGUUUCUAUAUCACCUCCGGCCACUUCUGACCGACGCAAAUCAGAUCCACACAACCAACCUUCUCUGCUGUACCAUACUUAUGGAAGCGAUGAUGACUAUGAUGACGACGCGUUUGUGGUUCCGACUGCUACUUCUGUGAAUGAGAGCGAACUACCGAGACUUGAUAAACUGCUUAAAGAUGAUUCCGAGGAUUUGUACCAGUGGGAUGGCAUCAGGACGUUUAUUGAACAGCAGAAGAAUGUCAUUUUACAGAAAAGUUUCAAGGAGUCCAUGGAUAAGCACACAGUUUAUCCAGCCCCUCCUAAUAUUAAUAAUGACAGCCCUAGAGGAUUUCGACUGCUCUUAUCUCAAAUUGGAUUCCUCUUACCUCAAAACAGAGAGCAAAUCACACCUAUCCAAAUAACAGAUUCGGCGAUUUCAGAGCUUGAGACUCUCGAUAUGUUGAACGAACGUGAUUGUAUAUCAGUGUCUGUUUAUUAUGCUUUGUCUGGAAAUACAACUUGGACAGAACUAGUCGAAUCGCCUCCUCCAUUGAGCCCGUUGUACUUACAAUUCCUUCAUUGUCUUGGAUGGCCAGUAGAUCUUGCGAAUCACAAUGGUUUCAAAGGCAAUCUUGAUCCCUCGAUUUGCGAAAAGGCACCUUAUUACUCUGACAGGUCUGCUGAGUUUGUGGUCAAUGUACCUUACAUGCUUCACCAGUCACCUUGCAGGAAUGAUGAGACCAUUGGCCAGAUACACCAACGAGUCUCGGUUGAUGAUCAUGUUUGCAUUGUGUGGAUCGAAGACUUGGUCAAUUACGAUGAACUUUCCAAAAAGAUAAAAAAUUCAAGUCUUCCAUCCUCCAAAAUUAUGGUCUACAUGUUUAUUCAUCCACUCAAGAAGAGUGCUGAUGGACUGUACCGGAUACGUAUACACAUUCCAUCAUAUACUAGUCUUUCUGGUACUAUGGCAGCAAGUCAACGCCUCAAUGAAAAUGCUUUGUUGUUUGGCCCAUUGGUUGAUGGUAUCGUUGUGAGCAGACACGCAUUAGGUGCAAUGGUUAGAAAUACAGCCAUUUCAGCUCACCAGGCCUGCCGAGUGGUUACAGAUACCUACACAAGACCUUAUGUGAUCCGUAAACAGUUUAUCGAAGAAAUGGGACAUCGUCACAGAGUUAAGAUGCCACUGUCAGAAUUUUAUUCAGACAUAUUUUCAGAAAACAGAAUCUAA